GUUAGCUGUCAUUCCGUCGAUUGGAAUGUGUUGGUAGAUGGUCUCCUAAGCGGGAGGUUGAUAUGCUGAAAGUGAAAAAGUUUCGCAUGUCUACUAUAAACAAUUCGUUAUCAUAGUUGAAUAAUAAGCUAAAAUCAUCGAGAUUCGUGUUGAUAUGUUUCUCAAUUCCGAAUUAAUUUUUGGUUGCAGUGUUAUCGUCUUAGGUUGUUGAAUACUCGCUGUGCCUAGAGUGAAGAACUUGCAAGAAUUGUAUGUGACAUAUGUGUAAACCCUCUGGAUUUUGAAGUGAUACAACGUUGAAUGGUUGAUUAUUACCGGGUUUAUACCAUCUUAUUCACGAAAUACACUGCAGAAGUAAUGGCUUGAAAGACUGUCUACCUGGUUCUGCUAUGAAGCGGCCGCUCAACCUUAUCGCAUUGGUGGCGGUCUUCACCGCUGCUCAAUUGAAAUCAACAUGUGCGGCAGCUUCCAGCAGGGACAUCGUGAAAACCUACAGCGAUCACCAAUCUGUCCACCUGUUCAAUCACCUGGUGAUCGACAAGAACACAGGUCGCGUAUACAUAGGAGCCGUCAAUAAACUCUAUCAACUAUCGCCAGACCUAGAACUGGUGACAACAGUUCGUACAGGUCCAGAGUUGGACGCUGACGAAUGCUCGGUACUAGAAUGCACUUCCACCGUCAACAAACAGAUGACCGACAAUGUCAACAAGGCCUUGGUCAUCGACUACACAACAUCCAGGCUCAUCUCUUGCGGCAGCUUGUUCCAAGGUAUCUGCUCCGUGAGGAACUUGCACAACAUAUCGGAUGGCGUGCAAGAGGUUAGGGAGGCUGUGGUGGCGAACAACGCUACAGCCUCUACGGUGGCUUUUAUAGCUCCAGGUCCACCAAACCCACCGGUUACUCAAGUGAUGUACGUUGGAGUAACAUUCACCUUGGGAUCCCCGUAUCGAUCAGAGGUACCUGCUGUCAGCAGUCGUUCCUUGGAGAAAGAUAGGAUGUUUGCAAUUGCUCAAACUGCUGUAACCACUGGCACGAGGAUGUUCGUCAACUCAUUGGCUAGGGAAAGGUACCCAAUCACCUACGUCUACGGUUUCGCCUCCGAGGGUUUCAGCUAUUUCCUAACCACUCAGAUGAAGCACACCACUUCUAGCCAGUUCAUCAGCAAGUUGGUGCGUGUUUGCCACGAUGAUGAGAACUACUACUCUUACACGGAGAUACCGAUUGACUGCAUUAGUGAGGCACAAGGUGGAAGGAAAUACAAUCUUGUACAGGCCGCUUAUGUGGGGAAGGCUGGUUCAGAUUUGGCGUCUGAUCUGGGCAUAACGGCACAGGAUGAUGUUCUGUUUGCCGUGUUCAGCGAGAGCGAGCCAGCGAAUUCCAAUAAGCCCUCCGAUCUAUCAGCGUUAUGCGUGUAUUCGUUGAAGGCCAUCAGGAGGAAAUUCAUGCAGAAUAUCAAGAACUGCUUCAGCGGAAAGGGUCAAAGAGGUCUGGAUUUCAUAUCUCCCAGCUUAACCUGCGUAUCUACGAAACUGCAAACCAUAGCUGAGGAUUUUUGUGGUCUUGAUGUGAACACACCACUUGGUGGUGAGCAACCUAUGUCGGCGAUACCGGUACUCUUAUUCAACACCAGGUUAACAGCUGUUGCAGCUACAUCUACAGGAGAUUUCACAGUCGUCUUCAUAGGAACUGCUUCGGGGCAUCUGAAAAAGGUGGUUGUUGAGUCGUCCACUUCAGCGUUGGAAUAUGGGGACAUAACAGUCGAAGAAAAUUCUCCAGUGAAUGCAGAUUUGCGAUUAGACUCUCAGCUUAUGCACUUAUACGUUAUGACGGAGAAAACGGUAUCUAAAGUCAAAGUUCAAGAAUGCCGCGUAUACAGAAACUGCCUGGAAUGUUUAGGAGCCAAGGAUCCGUACUGUGGGUGGUGUUCCCUGGAAAAUAAAUGCAGCCUAAGAUCCGACUGUCAAGAUGCAGCUAAGGAUCCGCUCUACUGGAUAAGCUACAAGAGUGGAAGAUGCACAACUAUAACCAGCGUUAUACCAAAUCAACUUCAAAGAACAACAGCUAGAACUCUGGAUCUCAUCAUAGACAAUUUGCCCAGCUUGAGUGGGCACUUUUUAUGUGCUUUCACCGCUUUAGAUAAAACGCUUAUCACUAAUGCUACAAGAAAAGGAUCUGGGGUCAACUGUACCACACCAAGAACUGAUCUACUACCUUCAAUACCUCAAGGACAACAUCAUUUCGUUUCCAAAUUAUCGGUUCGAAUGACAUCAGGACCUGAUUUUGUAGCGACCAAUUUCACAUUCUUCGAUUGUAACACCUAUAGCUCUUGCACGCAAUGUGUCUCGUCUUCAUUCCCUUGUGAUUGGUGUGUUGAUGGACAUAGAUGUACGCACGACACAGCAGAGAACUGUAGGAAUGAUAUUCUCGUUACUGGCAUCAGCAGGGCAGGUCCUAGCUACAGAUCAGGACCGGCAUUUUGCCCUACCAUCAAUUCAACAAUUGGAAGUUCACCAGAAAUUCUGGUGGCGUCAGGAAUUAAGAAACCCAUCAGGGUUAAGGUACAUAUCAUAGGACAAUUCAUAGUACAAACUAGAUUUGUCUGUCAAUUCAAUAUCGAAGGAAGAGUUACCAGUGUUAACGCACAAUUAUUGGGAGAUACAAUUUAUUGCGAUUCAAUGGAAUUUUCAUACACGUCUAGAGCUCCAAAUAUAACAGCUACAUUCGCUGUAAUAUGGGGUGGUUCGAAGCCUUUGGAUAAUCCAUACAAUAUUCACAUUGUUAUAUAUCGUUGUCGAGAUAUGGCAGAAAAUUGUGGUAUGUGCUUAGCCUUAUCACCGAAAUACGAAUGCGGCUGGUGUCAAAGCUCUGACCGUUGUGAAGUCAAAGACCAAUGUGAGAAAGGUUCAACAGUUUGGCUGAAUAGGAAUCAAACUUGUCCCAAUCCAGAAAUCCUAUCCUUCAGUCCACAAUUAGGACCUUGGGAAGGAGGGACUAAUAUAACUAUUCAUGGUAUCAACUUGGGAAAAACAUUCCAAGAUAUUUACAGGGGAAUUGUCAUAGCUGGAAUGAACUGCGAACCAUACGAGCAUUUAUACAUUCGAACUACUCAGAUUGUUUGUAAAGUUGAUGGCCCUGGUAGGAUAGAGGAUCGCGAAGGACCAGUAGUGGUUAAAGUUGAGGAUUACAGAGGAGAAUCUAAAACAAAUUAUCGAUUUGUUGAUCCGGUGAUCUUGGGAAUAUCGCCAAAAUAUGGUCCCAAGUCUGGAGGAACGAUGCUACAAAUUAAGGGGAAGUAUAUGAAUGCAGGAAGCAGUAUUCAAGCUUUCAUUGGAGAUUUACCAUGCCGAAUCGUGUCAACUGACGAAACUCAAGCUCUUUGUAUAACCAGUGCGUCCAAUUUGAUUACAAAGGAAAAAUUAAGAAUGAAAUUCGAUGAGAAGGCAGAUAGAGCUUUCGAUGAAUAUUUUCAGUAUGUCGAAGAUCCAGUCAUAUAUUCUGCCGAAUCUGGUAUACCUAGUUCUGUCAAGAUUCCGAAAGGUAUACCUGCCGGUGGGAUAAAAAUUUCUGUUACUGGUAAAAAUCUGGCUUAUAUUCAAAAGCCUCAAAUGUAUGUGUAUUACCAACAGAAAAUGUUCAUAAGCGAAUGCACAAUUCUGAGUAACGUGAGCAUGGUCUGUGGAAGUCCAAUUAUAGAAGUAGAAGAGGAGCUUGAUGCCGAUAAACCAUUGGAGCUGGAAUAUGGUUUCAGAAUGGACAACGUAACCGGAGUGCAAAACUUAACCAUGACCAAUAAUUUCUCUCCCUUCUUGCUGUUUCCAAAUCCAGUCUUCACGGAAUUUGACAAAGCUGUGAAAUAUUAUAAAUCGGAAUAUUUGAAUAUAAAUGGACAAAACAUUGACAGAGCGUGUCAAGAGUCUGAUGUCGAGGUUAGGAUUGGAAACAGUUUUUGUAACGUAACUUCUUUGUCACGUCAGCAGUUGACUUGUAGACCACCUGAGACUCAACCCCCUGCUUUAGAUAGCAAUGGGCUACCUAAUAAUGAAGAUUUACCAGAAGUGAUUGUUACAGUGGGAGCUUCAUUACGCUAUAAAAUUGGUCGUUUUUCUUAUUCUUCUCCGCAAGGAUUGAAUGGUCCAAUAUCCAAAGUUUCGCUUUAUUCAAUCAUCGUUAUCGGUAUAAUAAUAUUCUUCAUAUUUAUUCUAUUCUUGAUAGCGUACAGGAGGAAAUCUACUGAAAGCAACCGCGUACUGAAGAACAUGCAAGAACAGAUGGACAUUUUAGAGCUACGUGUAGCUGCCGAAUGCAAAGAAGCUUUCGCUGAAUUGCAAACAGAAAUGACUGAUUUGACGGGUGACCUGACUUCUGGUGGUAUUCCAUUCCUUGACUACCGAACAUAUGCGAUGAAAAUCUUGUUUCCCAACGUUGAUGAUCACAUAGUUUUGCAAUGGGAAAAACCGGAAUUGUUGCGAAAAGAAAAGGGUCUCAGACUUUUCGGUCAAUUGAUAAUGAACAAAACUUUUCUACUACUGUUUAUCAGAACUUUGGAAAGUAACAGGUAUUUUUCGAUGCGUGACAGAGUCAAUGUAGCAUCGUUGAUAAUGGUUACCCUUCAAAGUAAGAUGGAAUAUUGCACAGAUAUAUUGAAGACAUUACUGGCAGAAUUGAUUGAGAAAUGUAUCGAAGGAAAGAGCCAUCCGAAAUUACUUCUUAGAAGAACUGAAAGUGUUGCCGAGAAAAUGCUAAGUGCUUGGUUCACAUUUCUGCUAUAUAAAUUUUUGAAGGAAUGUGCUGGUGAGCCACUGUUUAUGCUCUUCAGGGCUGUUAAACAACAGGUUGACAAAGGGCCAGUAGAUGCGGUGACAUCUGAAGCGAGGUAUUCUCUCAGUGAAGAAAAGCUCAUUAGACAAUCGAUAGAUUUUAAGCCAAUGACUGUUUAUGUAUCUAUAUCUCAACAAACGGUAUUUGUGGGAGUUCCAGAUCAUAAUACAGAUAAUGUUCCUGUUAAAGUUCUAGAUUGUGAUACGAUAAGCCAAGUCAAGGAGAAAGCUCUCGAUACUAUUUACAGAGCAACUCCAUAUUCUCAAAGACCUCGAAAAGACGAUUUAGAUUUAGAAUGGCGUACAGGAACAAGUGGUAGACUUAUCCUCUACGAUGAAGACAGUACUACAAAGGUAGAGGGUGAUUGGAAGAGAAAGAAUACUCUUCAACAUUACAGAGUUCCUGAUGGUGGAUGUCUUAAUUUGGUUUCUAAACAAAGUUCCAUUUAUAAUUUGAGCAUAUUCACAGAAAAGAAUGAUAAGCUCCACAAAUACGAAACACUUAAUCUUAGUAAAUUUAGUUCAGCUAGUCCCCCCCUAAGCAGAGCUACCAGUCCUUUGAAUCAUGACCAUGAUCAAGGACUGAAAGGCUGGCAUCUUGUUAAGCAUCAUGACAACGAAAACCAGAAAGAAGGUGAACGAGGAAAUAAGAUGGUUUCGGAAAUUUAUUUAACUCGUCUCCUGGCAACUAAGGGUACUCUGCAGAAGUUCGUUGACGAUUUGUUCGAAACAAUCUUCAGUACGGCUCACAGAGGCUCAGCUCUGCCUCUAGCUAUCAAAUAUAUGUUCGAUUUUCUGGACGAUCAGGCCCUUCAACACGGUAUAUCCGACCCUGAAGUUGUCCACACCUGGAAGAGUAAUUCCUUACCGCUCAGAUUCUGGGUGAAUCUCAUUAAGAAUCCUAAUUUCGUUUUCGAUAUUCACAAAUCGAAUAUUGUUGAUUCUUGUCUGUCUGUUGUUGCUCAAACAUUCAUGGAUUCUUGUUCCACAUCUGACCAUAGAUUAGGCAAGGAUUCACCAAGUUCCAAACUAUUAUAUGCCAAGGACAUCCCAUGCUAUAAGGAAUGGGUCGAGAGAUAUUAUUCAGAUAUCAAAGUGAUGCCAGCUAUAUCUGAUCAAGAUAUGAAUGCUAUGUUAGCAGAAGAAUCUAGACUCCAUACAACAGAGUUCAACACAAACUGCGCUUUGCACGAACUCUACACCUACGCUAUGAAGUACAACGAACAACUAACAGUGACUUUAGAGGAGGACGAGUUCUCGCAGAAACAGCGAUUAGCUUACAAGCUAGAACAAGUUCAUAACAUAAUGGCAGUGGAUGGGCAACCAUGAUAUUGGCCUGACGUUACCCACCCUUCGGCACCACCACUGUCGACGUUGCUAAUUUCGGGUACGCAAGAACUCGCCUGCUGAUGAUGAAAACUUACAUAUCUAACGAUAACCAGACGUGAGACGUUCAAUGUAUUCGAGUAUCAGUAAGUAAUUGUUUCUGUGUCGAAACUGUGUUUAAACCGUUGGUGCGCACUUAAGUGACUCAAGUGCCUCUGGUUAAAUGAGUUGUACUGUCUAUAUACAGAUUAUUGUAUUAUAUUUUUAUGAUAAUUGUUCCGUUUAUGCUUUUCUGUGCCCAUAUGGCAUUACCAUUUAUUAAUCGUACAUGAAACAAAUAUGGAAUGCUUUUUAAAUAAUUGUAUAAUUGAUGUACCUUGUAUUUAUCUUUGUACAGUUUUAUAUUUUUAUAUUUAGUUAAUUGCAAUCACGAUGAUUGUCUUCCGCAAUGAGGGAAGUAGCAGGGUGUAGUGUUUAUUUGCGAUCUUUCAAUCAUCAAUCGUAUCAGCUUGGCUGGAAAAAACUAUACCCUUAUCAAUCAUUACAAAAAAAAAAUUUCAAUUUUGAGCAUGGCGAGUAAAUUCGGUAUGGUUUUUUUUGUGUCACCUGAUGAAACCUCUACAUACUGUGCACAAGUUGUGUCAGUGUGAAUUGUGUACGUGUAUAAAGGCUGUGUACAUUUUCUGUAUCAUAUUUUAAAAAUAGAAAAUUGCUGUAUUGCUUAACAGUGAAAUAACAUCGUAAAUUUUCUUCGUUUACUACAGAAUUUUCAACUCACCAACCUGGCUGUAAAAUUUUUAUUAAGAUUUAUUACACUUUUUCCAAUCCUAUGCUUCAGACAAAAUGAAUUUCCCAAAGUUUCAAAGUAAUUUUGUCAUUACCUAAUAUUUUCCACAAUGGAAAGUGUGGUGAAGAUUGAUGAAUCAUUUUAGAUUGUUUCAAAUGUGGUUGGUUAUACACACAGUACAUACAUAUACAAUUUAGUCCUUUAUUUCAAAGUUACAGGAGAUUUGAAGCUGAUGAAUGCAUUUAUGUGUUUCCCCGUGAAACAAAAUUUAUGUGAAACUAUAUGCAAAAAAUACUAGCUUUGUUGUUUUUAUAUAUAUAUAUACAUAGGAAUUUGAGAGAUUUUUCCAUGAUUUUAUUCAUAAACUAACGAAAUUUUUUGGGAAAAAUCUAAAUACAAUUCAAUGGGUGCUUGAUUUAUUUAUUUCCAAUCAUUGUUCUUCUUUUCCAAAACAUCUAUCUUUUUGUGUACAAAUAAUCAAUUGUAUAUUUAAAUGUUCCUUCAUCUCAGUCAUUCCAUUUAAAUUAUAUAGAUGUCAAACAUUAUCUCUUAUUGUUAAUAUAUGUGCUGUUGUUGUUUGAUAAAUUCCAUUAAGAAUUGCUUCAAAUUUUCUUUCUUUCCAUCGAUAUUAUUUUAUGAAAAACAUCUUUUCAACUUGUAAAUAUAUUUUUAAUUUGUUGAUAAACAAAAAAGUCUUCAAUUAUUGUGAAUUCUGAUUUACGAAACUUGUAAUUUUUUCUUCUGGUGUACCAUAUAGCUAUAAGUUGUGAAUUCUAUUAUUUUUAUAUUGAUUGGCCAUCAACAACGUUUCAACAUAGCACAUCAAAUUGAAAUAACCCCAAUGACGAAAAUUUUUAGCAAUUCGUUUAACUUCAUGUGAUCCAUGUUUCAUGUGUAUUUUAGUGUAUUCAAUUCAAUGAAAGAUAACAUUUUAUUGAUUCUAUUUGAUGUCCGAAUAUCUACUACCAACUUCAAUUCUAUUAUCAAAUUUUUGUACUAAUUGAGAUUCAAUUCUAAUGGUUUAAGCAUUGAGAUAGAUGGAAUCUGCAAUUUGAACAGAUAUUUCAGAAGCUAUGGAAAAAGAUUCAGUUGGGUGGAAUAUCAAAUUAUAUCGAGUUGUAGAUAGAAUUGGCUUCAAAUAGAUGAUGAUAUUAAUAAUUGUGAUCCAAUUAUUUUGUUUUGUCUGAAGUAGAAAUGGAUGUACUAUCAUAUUGUUUGUCUAAUAUAAUUGGUAUCAUCAUUUUUCAAAUUGUAACCGUCCUUGCGAAGUAAUGGGCAAAUUUUCACAGUCUAGCUGAAUUUUAGAAUAUGGAAGGACUAGCAGAUAAUUGGAAUGUUAAGGACCAACAUACGGUAUUUCUUAUAAACCAUAUCAUUUAAUUUUCAUAGUAGAAUAUUGAUAUAUUGGGGCCACUAUUAUGUAAAUUUUAACUAAUUUCUUGUUUCCACCGACAACUAUUUAAAAUCGUUAAUAAUUUCGUUCAUAAUUACAAUUUGGGUUUAUCAGAAUAUCUGUGCCAAAAAUAUCUUUCCUUCAGAAUUUUUUCAUAGAGUAUGUUCAUAUUUCAACGUGUUAAGUUCAUAUAUUGGGGUAGGAAGUGAACAAAAAAUUGAAGUCUCAUUCUGAGAAUUUGGCUAGAAUGUUAGAAAGGCCCGUAUGGACAGCUACGCAUAUCAACAGUUCCAGGAAUAAUGCACUAACAUUUAAUUUGUAUUUUCCUCAAGAAUUUUAAGAACUAGGGAAAAAUAAAUGUAAAAUCGCAAAGAACUGUCAAUAGUGCGUAGUAAUAACGCUAUUUGUAUAUACUUAUAAGUGUGAGAGUGUGUGCAUGUGCACGAUAUAUUUAUGGUAUUAUUGUAUGUACUGAUUGCAUCUGCAAUAAUAAGAUAGUUAUGUAUUACUAUUAUAUGUUAAAAAAGACUGAAUGGAAUUAUUUGAAAAUAUUAAAAAACUUAAAACAGA